CUCAGUCUUCCGCUGGUCUCUGUGUCAAGUUGUCGAGACAGGUUUUCUCGAGUAGCUGUACUAGUCGAUGCAAUUAUUGCAUUCGAGACAGCAUUGGAUGGCAUAAAGUGGACAGGAAUUCGGGGCGUUCUGUGUAACACGAUGGAAGUCUUGGACAAGAGUGUGUGGUGUUCACGAUAUUAUUGUGCAGAUCGGAGAUAAAAAAAGACUCGUUGGCUGCUACUGUUAAUGAUCUUUUGGUGUAGUGAGAGGUUGGGACACUGGAGCUUUGGGGAAUAUGGAAACUACAUGAUUUUGAGUUGCAGGUUGGGAAUUGAAGGUGGUAUGUUGGUGACAGGUUGAUAGGAUUGUUCAGGGUACAUUAGGAAAUUUCUCGUCAGAUGAGCUCCCCACCGCUCAAUUAAUGAAAGAAGGCAGCUGAAACUGUUUUGGAGGAAUAGCAUCGAUCGUUCGUGAUAAACCGACAUCAUUUGGACAGCAUCUGGAGACAAUUUUUGAUAUGAUCCUCUAAGUUGACAGAAAUAUCCUGAAAAUGUCACGUGAACGACACUCGAUCAUCGAGGGCUCGGAGAGUAUUAAAAAUCAAUUAAAAAACUCGCAAAUGCCGAAGUACUUCAACGGAUGUCAAGACUAUUCUACUCUUAUUAAUCAACCUGUUGACAAGGUCAAUGUUGGACUUCCGAUAAGAGAUGCCAAAGUGCCUGUCUCGUGUAUUCCAUCGAGAAAUUCUCAGGAAAUUGGAGCAAAUGUGAAGAAUUCACUGAUGAAUUCUUUAGUAAAUUAUGACAGAAUUUGUAAUCCCACAUGUUCUCCAAGAAGAUCAAUCAUUCGUGGUUCUGAUGAUGGUAGAACCUGUCGUGUCGCUGCUACCUCGUUUAUAGAAUUGUCCGUUGGUGUGACCUGUGAUACUCGUAGAGCACAUUCGGAGCCCGGAAGUCUAUCCAUGACAGUUAUCACCGGUUCACGGGCCCGUGGAAUUGACCAGAAAUGCUCAAAUACACCGUCGCGCAUUGGAAGCCUCGAUGGACUAGAUUCAUUGGUGAACAGACGAUCUCAAAGCACUGGAACCAGCAACAAUAGCCAGUUACAGUCGUUUAACGUAGCACCAGCUGUUGACAUCGUUAGAUCACAGUCUAAGAACAAAUUGACGUCCAUUUGGGAGAAGCAUCACACAACUAGUGAUAAUGAAAUAGAUUACAUCGUCGACCCGGUCCAGGGUAAUGCGUACCAUAAAGGACCGUUUCUGGGAAAGGGAGGAUUCGCAAGGGUUUACUUGAUGACUGAUGUUGCAAAUGGAAAACGAUAUGCUUGCAAGAUUAUUCCAAAAAAUCGUAUGCAAAAGAUCCACAUUCAAAAGAUUGCACGUGAGAUUAUGAUUCACAAAGACCUGAAUCACGUGAAUAUUGUCCAGAUGCAUCAUUACUUCGAGGACAGCUUGAACGUUUAUAUGUUACUGGAAGCCUGCCCAAGAAAGAGUCUGAUGCACGUCCUGAAAUACCGAGGAAAAGUAACCGAACCCGAGGCUCGUUACUACAUGAAGCAAAUGGUCACCGGAGUCGCCUACAUCCAUUCCCAAAAGGUGGUUCACCGAGACCUCAAACCUGGCAACAUGUUUCUGUCGGACGGAAUGAUAGUGAAAAUUGGUGAUUUUGGGUUGGCAACAAGACCAGACGGUCAGAAACGUCGAGUUACGAUCUGCGGAACACCGAACUACAUCGCACCCGAGGUACUUUACAAACAGGCCUACAGCUACGAAGCUGACGUUUGGGCCUUGGGGUGCAUUCUCUACGCUCUCCUGACGGGUCAGCCGCCGUUCGACACGCCGACCUUGAAGGAAACGUACUCCAGAAUCUGCAAUAAUCGUUACAAGAAGCUGAAUGACACUGUACUCAGUAGAAAUGGCCAGGAUUUGAUAAAGUGGUUGCUUCAACCGAUUCCUGAGCUGCGACCAUCACUGGAGACUGUCAAGGAUCAUGCCUACCUGACGAUGGAGUUCGUGCCGGAGAAGCUGACCCACGCCUGCUGCUACAAACCUCCACAGCCCAGUCUCCAGGGACCAUUGAACAACAAUAACGAUAAGACUCUGGUGGCACCAAUGACUUCAUUCCCUUCCGCCGCAACUCUGUCCUCGACCUCGUGCACAUCCACGAUGUCCAAGAAAAUAGUGUGUCCGCUGGUGGAGCAGAUGCCAAAGCCACUAGUUAAAUCAAUGGAGACACCCAUUGCCAAUAGUAUCAAGCUGAUUGACAAUGGUAAUGUCAGGCUGAUGGAGCCCAAUCCCAGAAUUCUUCCACCAAUUCAGCGGGAGAAGAACAGAGACGAUAAAGUUGGAAACUGGCUCAUCAGGAAGUUCCCUAAAUUGACGAAGCUGAGGAGGAGAUUUGGAAAUUUGUUGUGUCCGGAUAGGAAGAAGUCGUCGGAGAGUGCUCUCAUGCAUCAAGCACUUGAAAAUUGUCUCGCGGAAAUUCGACAGACGAGGGGGGGGAAGAACCCAGUGCCCAUUGAAGGGCUUGCUCCAUUGUUUGUUACCAAGUGGAUUGACUACUCGAAUAAGUACGGACUGUGCUUUCAAUUGUCCGAUCGAUCGGUUGGGGUUCUGUUUAAUGACAGUACCAAGAUGAGUUACACUUGUGACAAAAGACGAGUGGAAUACACAACUCCAGAGGACGAAGUGACUCGCUACACCCGUGAACACGAUGUUCCUUCCUAUCUACAUGAGAAACUCGAGCUGCUUCGUCACUUCAGCGAAUACAUGGACGAUCACUUGACGAAUGGUGGGGAAAUCGGUGACAAUGGUUCAGCCAAGUUGUCCAGAAGGAAUGGUUCUGUACCUCGAAUGCGUCGCUGGCUCCGGACCGACAAAGCCAUUGUUAUGGAAUUGACAGUACCACUUCUCCAGGUAAAUUUCUUCUCCGAUCACACGAAAAUUGUCGUUUCUCAGGGCACACGAUCCAAGGAUUAUCUCGUCACUUACAUUGACGCUACGCGUCACACGUCAUCGUAUUGGCUUAAUGAUCUCAGAGAUGUUGGAUGUACGUCAGAGUUGUAUGAGCGGUUGAAUUACGUGUGCAGAGCUUCGAGGGAAUUUGCUCAUCUAGAGAAUAAUAUUGGAUGCUCAGAAAUCUCGACCAAUCCCAAGACAAAUCUCAGGACAUGAGAUUAUAUUUAUCUUGAUGUCUUCCUAGGGAAUGAUGCAUUCAUGUACGAAAUUAUUUCGUAGGAAAAUAUGUCACAUUCGCAUGAAAUUCCAUUAGAUUUCUAUCAAAAUUCUAUGAUAUGUUCAGUGGGAAACAUUUCUGGGAAAUUAAUGAUAAAACUCUCCUUCUUUAUUAAAUCAGUGUGACACAUUAAUUGAUCAGAGAAAUUUUGGCACUUCUAUUCUUUUCUUUAUUUAUUUAUAAUAAAUAAGAAGAAAAAUUCCAAAAUAGUUUCUACUGAAACUCUUUUCAGUAGAAAUUUUCACUCCCAAAAUUUUUUUCUCCCAAUUGGCGUCAUCUUUAACAACAAUUGGGAGCAAACAAUUACGAACAAAAUUCUUUUCUCCCAACUGGCGUCACCUUUGACGACAAUUGACAAGAAUUUUGUUGGAAAAAAAACUGAAUUUACUGUAGAAAUCUAAUGGAACUGUCAAGUGACUGUCGACCUUUUCUAGGGAAUUGACACAUGCUUGUUAUUAGAUUUGUUGAAUAAUUAGGUAAUCUACGUUAUGUGUUUUUUUCUUCAAAUCCAGGGGCGGAAUUGAGAGUGAAAUCAUGAAUAUAUUUUUCGAUUUUAGUCGAUGUAAGAAAACAUAGUCGUGCAUUUUCUAUUCCGCUGGUGGAAUCAUUAGUUAGGCUGUUAGAAUACUGAUUCAAAUGUCAAAGGAGGAAACUUCCCCUUUGGUUCAGGGCCGAAUGGUACCGAGAGCAAAAGGUUAUUUUUUUUUUGCUAAUUGAUGGAGAAUUCGGUGGUGCAGGGGUCGAACGUACGAACUCAGAUGUGACGACUUUGUUGGAUUUACUUGAGCGAUGAAAAAUUUGAGAUGGAAAGUUAAGAGAUUCAAUUGAAAUUUUCGUGUUUCUUUAAUGUAUUUACGGUGUACAUCGACAUCUCUUGUAAAAAAUCAUAAACAAUAACAUUGUUUGUCUGUCAAUAUCUUUGAAUUCAAAAAGGGAAAUGUCAGUUUUAUUUAUGUUUAUUAAAUGAAAAUGAAGUCAAUGUGAAUUGACUCAUUGUUCCACUAUCCCAAUAAUGUUUAAAACAUUAAAUAACAAAUAUUGUAGAAGAAAAAAUUCUUGAAGAGAAAUGUUCGUAAGAUUCUCAUUCUCGAGAUAAUUAGAUGCCCUAAAAGAUGAGGAAUCGAUAUUCCUCAAAGGGAUGAUUUAUCUCGAUUUAAUUAGGAACUCUCUUUCUCAAAAUCUUCAAAUUUACGGAAUAAUGAGCACAAUUUCCUGAAAAACUUUAACAAAAAUAUCUUACAGCUAAACAUUCCUGACCAAAACUUUUCCUGAAAUGAUUCAGGGAAUUCUACGUCUAUGACAACAUAAAGUAAUUAGUUACGUUUUGAUUCACCACUGAAUUAUAAUUAUGUCCAAUCAAUCAUGUUUUUUCGCUCGUGUAUAAAUCCAUCAAAGAACAAGAUCUUACCAAUACUGUGAUUAUUAAUGAUUACUUAAUUGUUUGCGCCUUGUUUCCGUUCGGAUUGAUUUCUCGUUAUCUCAUUAAAAAAUGUGAUUAUAGGUCGGCAAUGAAGUGAUAAACUGAGAUAAGUCGACUAAUUAUUCAGUCGAAUUUUCGAUGAAAAUUUCUAAAUCAUUGGAGGAUAGCGGAAUCGUUGUAAUUAAUUUCAUUGUAUCAGUUAUUUAGCUCUGCAUGAAGGUAAUUCUAAUGAAAAUUUAAUUGUCUUCUUAAGACUUCGAGGUAUUCAUUGAAAAUUGGCCCAUAUUCGAAAUUAACUUUCUCGGUUUAUCACUUCAGUGCUGAAUUGUUGAGUGGAGGAUGCAAUAUGAAUUCAGUCCAUCCAUCAUGUGGGACGAUACAAUAGGAUAAGGAAAAACACGAUACUAAUGCACAAUGCGAGUAAUUCCACUGUAACAAUCAUUGCUCUAUUUAAUUGGGCGAUUAUUAAGGCCCCGAUAGAGGUGUCGCGAUAAUCUCCCCUUCCAGGUCAGCCAUCCGAUAUGACAGGUUGCGAGGGACUUUCACAAAAGGAAUUUUUGUUGCAAAACAUGAAAAAAAUAGGAAUUUAUCGCCAAUUCUUAAUUUGGUCUUCAUUUUUUUUGUAUUCUGGCCCUUUCUGCCCUUUUUUCGGCUAAAUGGGUCUAAUAUACUCUACAGGGAAAGAAAUAUUCAAUAAAAAUUACGUAUCUCUUCGAUAAUUCCAGAGUAGAUAAGAAUCUACUGUCAGUUCUCAUUUUGUUUAAUUUUUUUUUUUUAUAUUCUGGCCCUUUCCGCCCUUUUUUCGGCUAAUUAGCCCUAACAUACCCUAUACAAAAAGAAACAUUCAAUAAAAAUGACGUAUAUCUUUCGUAAUCCCGGCACGACAUCUAACGGAGGAAAAUUUGACAGAAUUUCUUCGGCACGUUCCGUAAUUUUUAUCUCAAUUUUUGGGGGAAAAAUUGCGUUAUCGUCACGAAAAUUCUCCUACCCACAUUUGCAAUUCGUAAGCGAACUCAAGUUCCGUAAAUUUUGCAGAAUAUUUCUCUGUAUGUAGACAUGCUGCUGUGGUAUCUACACCGCGCCGUAUUCACAUUCCUAUAGAAUAUCAGUUAGGACGGGGAAUCACAGGAAAAACCCAUACCGACACAGGCGACUGCCCUACCGACAGUCUCCCGCGCGUCGGUGUCUCGGGUCGGUAAAAAUUCGCAUCCGCUGGGAUUGGAACUCACAACUUUUCGCACACUAGAGGAACCCCUCGUCACAUCGGUUUCUUGUUUUUUUUAUCGCAAAUAACACAAAAAUCACGAUGAAAAACGUACGGAAUGCGCUGACCAUCAGCCACAUGAUAUGGUAUCUGUACACUAGAGGACGUUUUCCAUCACCAACGCCACUUCGGGGAUGGGAAGUGUCAUUAUCAUGACCAUGACCAUUUUUAAAAAUAAUUUUUUCAAUUUUUUACGCAAAAAUUCCGCUUUUCAAAAAGUCGCGGGCACCCCGCCAUCUUAGGUGGUUGUUGUGUGGGGGGAGGGGCCUCACGAUACCUCCAUCCGGGCCUUAAGUUAAUAAGGAACUUGCACAUCUUCACUCACGCAUAUUUAUUAUAGGUAUUACUUUACAGGUGACUAAUCAAUAGUUUGAAUAGGAAUUGAAAAUCGAAGGAAUAAUAAUAACGCAAAUUCCCUGUUGCAUUUCACCUUCGAUUGUUUUGUUGAAUGUAAUUAGAUAUUUUGUUUUCUCUUUGCUCACGUGGUGAUUGUGUUCGUUUAUUUUAUCUACAUGUAAAUGUAAAUGAAAAAGGUCAAAAGGGAGAAUAAUCCUGCGUGAAAGAUGUCUCUGGGUACAACGAAAGAGCUCUCUAUGAACUCGAAGGAGAGAAAAAAAGAAGAAAAAAACCAAUGAUCUCAAAUAAUAAUCAAUGUUUCAUAUAAA